GCUGAGCUCCAAUAUGCGCCAACAAAGCUUGUGGGGCCCAGUGAGAUAGAGGGAGAAGGAGAGGAAGAUUACCCAGCGGUGCACAACUUUCGAGACGCCAAAAACAUAUGUUGUUUGGAGUCGUCAAAGUUCUGGGCAAUUGCAGGGCCAAUAGCCUUUAAUAUUUGGUGCAAUUAUGGGAUUAACUCUUUCACCAAUGUCUUUGUGGGCCAUAUUGGGAAUGUGGAACUCUCUGCUGUUGCCAUUUCCCUUUCUGUCAUUGCAAAUUUCUCUUUUGGAUUCUUGCUUGGCAUGGGAAGUGCACUAGAGACAUUAUGUGGACAGGCAUUUGGCGCUGGCCAAGUAGAUAUGCUAGGAGUUUACAUGCAACGCUCAUGGAUAAUUCUAUUCACAACCUGCAUUGCUCUUCUACCCCUUUACAUCUACUCAACCCCGAUCCUCAAACUCCUCGGUCAAGAAGACGAAAUCGCCGACCUCGCGGGGAAAUUCUCGAUCCAAAUCAUACCCCAAAUGUUCUCCCUUGCCAUCAAUUUUCCAACACAAAAGUUCUUGCAGGCACAGAGCAGAGUGGCAAUUCUGGCCUGGGUUGGUUUUGCAGCCCUUGUCUUGCACACAGGCAUCCUCUAUCUCUUCAUCAAGGUCUUCGGGUGGGGCACUGGUGGCGCUGCAGCGGCGUAUGACAUCUCCGCCUGGGGCGUGGCGGUGGCGCAGGUGGUUUACAUUGUGGGUUGGUGCAAGGAUGGCUGGAAGGGUUUGUCAUGGCUGGCUUUUAAGGAUAUGUGGGCUUUUGUGAAGCUUUCUGUUGCCUCAGCUGUGAUGCUUUGUUUGGAGAUUUGGUAUUUUAUGACCAUAAUUGUUCUGACUGGACAUCUUGAGGACCCUAUUAUUGCAGUUGGUUCUCUUUCAAUUUGCAUGAAUAUAAAUGGAUGGGAAGGCAUGUUGUUCAUUGGGAUCAACGCAGCCAUAAGUGUCCGAGUCUCCAAUGAGCUUGGAUCAGGACAUCCAAGGGCUGCAAAGUACUCCGUUAUUGUCACUUGCAUUGAGUCUCUCUGCAUUGGAAUUAUCUUUGCCUCAAUCAUCUUGUUAACCAAGGACCGCUUUGCCAUAAUCUUUACCGAUAGUGAGGAAAUGAAAGAAGCAGUCUCUCGUUUAGCAUUUCUUCUUGGUAUAACCAUGGUUCUUAAUAGUGUUCAGCCAGUUAUCUCAGGUGUUGCUGUAGGAGGAGGUUGGCAAGCUUUAGUAGCUUACAUAAACUUGUUUUGUUAUUAUCUUAUUGGGCUCCCUCUUGGAUUUCUACUUGGCUAUAAAACCAAUUUAAAAGUGGAGGGAAUUUGGAUAGGCAUGAUAUGUGGGACAUUUUUGCAGACUCUUAUUCUUGUAUAUAUCAUUUACAAAACCAACUGGAAUAAAGAGGUAGAACAAGCAUCCGAAAGAUUGCGGAGUUGGACAGGACAAGGUGGUGGCUCAGAUAUAAUAAAGAUAUAA